AUGUUCCUUCCCAGCGUCCACGCAGAGACGGACAUUGACACCCUCCUGCACUUCAUCCAUGAAAACCCACUGGGUCUUCUGAUCACCGGCAUCAAUUCCUCUUCCCACGACUUCCUACAAUGCACACACGUCCCUUUUGUCCUCGAUCUGCCCGAGGAAAGCCCCUUGUGCGCACCACAGGGCCGCCUUCGGGCACACAUCGCCAAGCAAAACCCACAAGUCAAAGCCAUGGUGGAGGGCUUCGACGACAAGAAGCCCGAUGUCCUGAGCCUCGAGAACGAUGUGCUAGUAGUCUUCAACGCCAAGCAUGAUCACUACGUGACGCCAAAAUACUAUGUCGAGACGAAACCGGAUACCGGCAAAGUCGUGCCGACUUGGAACUACUCUGCUGUCCAGAUCUAUGGCAAACUCUUCCUCUACUAUGACUCGAAGGCCCCUGAGGCUGGUGCGUUUCUGGCAAAGCAGAUCCGCGAUCUCUCCAACCACACUGAACGAUCGAUUAUGGGGUAUACUGGUGGCGAACGACCUGGGCCGUGGGUGGUAGAGGAUGCGCCGGAAAGGUAUAUUGAGUUGAUGCAGCGGAAUAUCGUUGGGAUUGAGAUCCGAAUUGAGAAGGUUCAGGGGAAGUUUAAGAUGAGUCAGGAGAUGAAGCCUGGUGAUCGGGAGGGUGUGGUAGCGGGAUUUGCGGGGAUGGGAGGUGAAAAUGGAGAGGCCAUCUCGGCCUUGGUUAAGGAGAGGGGAGCUCGACAUGAUGCAAAGAAAAGGGGAGCCCUAAAUGAUGCAUAG